GGUGUAAAUGUUCCUCCAGAAAGGUACAGUAGCCCUCUACUUUAAUUUGAAUGCUAAUGUCUCUCUAAAAGAGGUUAUGUACAAAUUCACAUACCAAUAUUAAUAGCUGGCAGUGCAGUGCUUGUUUCCAAAGCCUUUUCGUCUUUUCGUAACCCUCAAUAACUCAAUGAUCCAUCCAUCAUGACGGAUCGAUGGGGGGAUGACAGACUGAGUUGGUACAUUGCGUAUUGCGUACCAAAUAAUCAACAUCCUCCAAUGACCAGGAGGUUUACUGUUUAUACUAUGUUGAAUGGCCUCCUAUUAUUGUGCAUGACAUUGUACAAUACCGUACUGUACAGUAUUGGUACUCUGAAGUCUAAAGAAAUUGGCGUAAGAGUGUGCAAGUGGUCUUUUUGCGGAAGGAACAGUCACAGCGACUGAUGGGAGCCUAAAGGAAUCCGAUCGAAACAGCUCCAGGCUCAGGCUUAAGUUAAGGCUUUUAAAAGUUCUCACAAACGACCUCGCAGCCACAUCUUUCCUUCCGCCUUGGUCGAGGAAGAUCGUAUGAAACAGUGAAAUUCUACGUGGUACGGUAUUAGUAUGCUGUGGUAGCAAUGUGCAAGAGUAAGAUCGCAGCAGAACUUGUUCUCUCUCCACAAAUUCCAAUCGAUCAAGUUGCUGGUUGCCCAUCUCUCAAUCUCUCUUGCUUGGCCACGCAUUAUCCACCAUCAAAAGUACACUGUAGUAGACUAGUUGACCAGCACCGUCAUAGAACGACCGAACAAGAGCCUAGCCAAAGUUCUCAUUAUUCUGGGUUCUUGGCAUCCCUCAUCAGGCUCACUCCACAUCAUCAUUAUCAGCACCAUGCCGGCAAAGGAACGCAACUCCAUUGUGAUGCGCACAAACUCUUAUACCACUGAACUGUCAUCUUGCGUAUCAUCUAUUAGCGACUCUGACUACUUGAUGGAAAGCUCUCUGAGAGUCAACGACUUGACUUCCAAAAAGUCCCUCAAGCACACCAACAGCAACUCAAGCUCCACGACUACCAGUAGCAGUACCAAGAGAUCAUCGUCUCUCUUGGAGAUGACUCACAAUGAGUUUGCUGCCAUGUCUCUACUGCCCAAGCUGACGCCGGUCCUGAUUGUCAAGACCCAAGCCGACAGCGUCAAGUCGUCCAUAGACGACAAGCUGAAAGCCAACACGGCGGUCGCCACUCACACUGUCUCCUUUGCGAAACUCCACAUUCGCGAGUUUCCCCGACGCCCCGGCUGCAAUCCCGGCUGCCGGAUCGGCGUGAGUCUAGAGUUGGAUUGGGAAAUCCAAGACGAACAAACGAUUGGGAUUGACGAAUACGAAACCUCUCGUCCAACUCGUCGCGACCGCGGAGAACUGAAUAUCCCGUCCGAGAUGCGCAUGCAAAUGCUGCGGGACAGUGGCUACUCGCGGGGUGAGAUUUUGCAAUACGUCAAAAUGGCCAACAUUGCCCGCGGACAACGCACUCGGACCAAUGAAACCCUGCAGCUGGCGGGUGCCCAAGAAUUCGCACAAAAGAUUUUCCGAGGCGUCCGCAACAAGACGACUCAUCGAACCAAGAAAAAGAAGGAAAAAGCCGUCUUGCGAAUGUCGCUCAUUCAAGAUCAAAAGCUAGUACAGUUGCGACGCAUGUCCGCACCGGCUGUUAGUACUACCAGCAAGACACCCGUGGUGGGCAUCGAACAAGCUCCAAGAACCGAAGAAUCAUCGUCUUCGUCGUCAUCAUCCGACGAUUACGAUGUGGAUGACUUUGUUGAGAUGCCAACCACAACAUCAACACCGAUUACUGUGACGGAGGAAGUUGACUGCUAGACUAGACGAGGCGAUUUUGAACUGGAUCGUUUUGAAACCUUUUUUUGUUUUCUCUGCCUGCCUGUCUGCAACUUCCCGUCCGUCAUGAUCGCAUACCUUUUGAUACAUUAUUAUUAUUAUUUUGACCACCCAUACUACAUACAUAAAAAGUGACCUUUUUUCUGAUC